AAAAGGUCACAUGAUUGAGAUUCGGCAGUGGGAGGGUCUUAAACAAGUUCUCUCUGCGCAACAGUAGGAAGAAUAUUCAGAGAGCUUUGUGUUCAUUAACGGAGCCAUGACUCAAGCUAAAACCUGGAUUCUGAAGCAGCACUUUGAGGGCUUUCCCAAAGACACCGACUUUGAGCUGAAACGAGAGAAGCUCCCGGAGCCCAGAGAUGGAGAGGUUCUUCUGGAGGCACUGUUCCUUAGUGUGGACCCUUAUAUGCGACCCUACAGUCGUGUUCGAAUGCAACCAGGAGACGUGAUGAUCGGAACUCAAGUUGCCAAGGUGAUUCAAAGUAAUAAUCCUUCAUUUCCUGUGGGCUGCUAUGUGGUUGGUCAAUGUGGUUGGAGAACACAUACUGUGUCAGAUGGGAGUGGUCUCAUCAAAGUCUUUGCUGACUGGCCUCAAGAUGUCUCCCUCUCCCAUGCUAUCGGAGCCAUUGGCAUGCCAGGGCUGACUGCACUCUACGGUUUGGAGGAGGUCUGUGCCAUUAAACCAGGAGAAACCUUACUGGUGAAUGCAGCCGCAGGGGCGGUGGGCUCUGUAGUCGGUCAAAUUGCCAAACUUAAAGGUUGCAAGGUUGUGGGAUCUGCAGGAAGUGAUGAAAAGGUGGCAUACCUGAAGGAACUGGGCUUUGACGAGGCCUUUAACUAUAAGACUGUCUCAUCUCUGGAAGAAGCACUGAAGAAAGCUUCACCUGAAGGAUACGACUGCUAUUUUGAGAAUGUGGGCGGCCCUUUUUCGAGUGUUGCUCUUUCACAGAUGAAGACUUUUGGACGUAUUGCUGUUUGUGGAGGAAUAUCAAUGUACAAUGACACCACCCCACAAACAGGUCCUUAUCCACACAUGCACAUGAUUUUUAAGCAGCUGAAAAUGGAAGGAUUCUUGGUGAGCAGGUGGCAAAAUAAAAACGAGGAGUCUUUAAAGCGAAUGUUGACCUGGAUGCAAGAGGGAAAGCUGAAGUGUAAGGAACAUGUCACUGUUGGUUUUGAAAACAUGCCUGCUGCAUUCAUGGGGAUGCUGCAGGGGGAAAACAUUGGGAAAGCCGUCAUUAAAGUCUGAUACCGAAUGCUUCAGUGGUUUGCCUAUCUUAUUUUAGGCAUUGAUUCUGCAUUAAUAAUGUUGUCCUGUAUUUAGUUUUACAAAUAAUGUUGAUUUUUGUAAAUUAGUGUCACAUUGUCUUCCUCUAGGACAGAUAUGCAAAAAGAAGAAAUAAAAAAUUUUUAUGCCAGAAAAAAUAAAAAUGCUGAGUCGUGAUCUUUUCGAUCUGAGCUAAUGGACAGUGAGUGAGUGAGGUUUAUUUUUAUGACACUCGUGCAAUUCGGUUGCUUUGCAAUAAAGGGAAUACGUCCAACUAACCAA